AAUUAUUCUCAACGAUACGUCGAGAUCGCAAAUAGUAUCUAGUAUUAUACUCAAAAAUUGAAAAUUGUGUGCUCGUUGAAUGGUGAAAAUCCAUCAAAAAAUGCACGAUGUCAUUACCUAUCAUUUGGUUUAUUGAAGGUUACAAUGGCACAAUUUUUACUUAUGGACAAACCGGUAGUGGCAAAACUCAUACAAUAUGUGGUACAACAAGUAAAGAAGGUAAAGGAAUCAUUCCGAGAUCAUUCGAACUCAUAUUCAGUACAAUGGAUAACAAAAUAAAAAAGGAUAAAAUAGAUUAUGAAGUAAAAUUUUCAUAUAUUGAGAUUUAUAAUGAAGUUGGCUACGAUUUAUUAAAUUUAAAAAGAAGUGUACAGAAUUUUAAUAUUGAUGAAAUGAGUGAUGAUCAGGAUAGUGUAAAUUCAGACCAACCCACAAACAAAGUAACGUAUUUAUUCGACAAAAAUGGGCGAGUUGUACUUCAAAAUUUGACCUGCCAUCAAGUAAAUAAUAUUAAUGACGCAUUGGAUUUAAUUAACGAAGGUGAUUUAAGAAGAAGAAUAUCUCCAACUCCAAUGAAUAUUCAAUCAAGUAGGUCGCAUUGUAUAUGUAUCAUUCAUUUAGUUCAAAAAAGCAAAUAUACAAGUCGAGUUUUUAAAUCAAAACUCAAUUUAGUUGAUUUAGCUGGUUCUGAGCGAAUAUGGAGAUCCCAAGUAGAAAAACAAACGCUUUCGGAAGCUCGUUACAUUAAUUUAUCGUUACAUUAUCUGGAACAUGUAAUUGUAACUUUAUCGAAUUCAGUAAAUAAAGUUCAUGUACCUUAUAGAAAUUCAAUGAUGACAUCAUUGCUCAAAGGAUCGCUAGGUGGAAACUGUGUUACUGCGAUGAUAGCUAAUAUUGUGCUGAAUAAUAAUUGUAUUUUAGAAUCAAUAUCCACGUGUCGAUUUGCUCAGAGAGUAGCUAUUGUUGAAAACAGAGUAAAAGAAAAUUGGUACUUAGAUCCACAACAAGAGCUUGUUUUACUCAGAAAUCAACUUGCUUUGACGAGAACACGUGAAAACGAAGACCUAUUGUUGGACGAAAACGAAAUUGAGGAGUGUAAAGAUACUGUAUUAAGAUUUUUGAAUGAUGAAAAUUCAAAAAUUAUUAUGCCACGGAAACGUAACCAAAUAAAAUAUUGUUUUGAACUGAUGAAAAACGCCAUUAAAGCCAAAAAAGAAACUAUAUCAGAAAAUAAGCGAACAAAUACAGAUGAAAAUUUUACAAAUUUAGAUCCAGUUUCUUUACUUACGAGUUUAAAUUGUAAAAUGAAUUUAAAGGAUACAAAAAUAACUAUGCUUAUUCAUAAUCAUCAAACAAUGAAAAUCAAGUUUGCUGCUAGUACAGAUGAAAAGUUCAUUAAAAAAAUUAGAAAAUUAAAAUGGGAUGCUUAUGAAGAUUUAGAUACUUUAAAAAAAAUAAGUGAAGACAUGCACAAAGAAGGUAUGGAAAUGGGUGGUGGUGAUUUUUUGGUAUCAGAUUCAGUGUCAACUUUAAGGUGUGGUGAAUUACCCCAGUUUGAUGUACCAAAAUCUAUCUGUAAUAAUAACUUGGCAAUAAGUUCUACAAUUAAUUUAAAAAAUGCAUCAACUAAUACUACAAAAGUUUUUAAAAGAACAUGUGAUAAUUUUGUUCACAUAGUACCAUGUUUUCAACAUCAGACUUAUAAAAAAUUUACUUCUCUUACUGACGAAUUACACCAAAUUUCUAACUGUGGUGAAAAUGAAGUAAACGAUUUAACUGUUGUUGCAUUUGAUGGACCAUCGUACAUAGACAAUAGUAAUUAUCGAUUUCUAAAUAGAGAUACAUUAGAAGAUGAUGAAAUUAAUAAAGAUUUUAGUUAAUAAUAUUUAAAAACCCAAAUUAUUACAUUUUCGUUAUUUUUUAAUCGCUUUUUAUUUAACUAUUA